AUGAAUGCCACUAGAGUUUUAAAAGAUCACAUUAAGCAGCUUACAGACUACUUAGAGCCAUUUCUACCUUUAGCGAAUUUUCAUAUGGUCGAUUAUUUCAUAAAUAACGCAUUUGUAAAGUAUAUUCCAAUAAAAAUUCAAGAAGAUAUACAAAAGGUAGGCUAUAAAGAAGCUGUAAGUUGUAUAUUUAAUGAUAACUACACAGAUUUACCAAAUCUCGGCAUAUUUAAUGAGAAAUCUAAACAAUUUACGUUAAAAAAUAUGGAGGUUUGUCUCACAAUUGACCAUCUACAAGAGAAAUUACAAUCGUUAGGUUGUUCUGAUCCAACCAGACUGAAGUUAGACAUUUUUAUGACUUCAAAAAAAUCUCACGAAGUCGACAUUUUAAGCUACAUUGCAGCUGCUUUGAGUAACAUAUCCGGAACAACACAUUUGAUUGACAUAGGUGAUGGAAAAGGUUACCUUAGUUCAAUGCUAGCUCUACAUCACAAAAUACCAGUCCUAGGCAUUGACGCUUCUGCAAUAAAUACAAACGGUGCUGUUACUAGAGUAAAGAAACUAUCUAGAGUGUGGAAUGCAGUUUCCUCACCACAGAAAGAAGUAAAAGGUAAAGAACAGGUUACCUCGGAUUUGUACAAACAAGUAACGAAAUUCGUUGAUAGUAGUAUUGAUUUUGUGGAGCUUGUAUCAGAUAUAUUUCUAGAAAAACCUGAUGGUUUAGGUAUCGUAGGAUUACAUACUUGUGGGAACUUAGCUGCGACUUCUUUGAGAGUGUUUGCUGCUAACUUAGGUAUUAAAACAAUUUGUAAUGUGGGGUGUUGUUACCAUUUGCUCUCUGAACGUUUCGAAGAUGAUAGGUAUAAUGUUGGAAAUGAAGAAGACAGGGGGUUUCCCAUUAGUAAUUAUUUAAUCAGCGAGAGGUACAAGAUCGGAAGAGCUGGCAGAAUGAUAGCUGCUCAGUCAAUGGAAAGGAUAUUAGAUAAGAGAGAAUUGCCGAAAGACACAAUAUUUUAUAGAGCCUUAUUGGAAGUGAUCCUGGAGAAAAGAUUCAACAGUUUGGAUCCUGAUAAAAGGCAUGUGGGGAAAAUUAGGAGAAAGUGUGAAAACUUUGUGCAAUACGCCAGAGAAGCUUUUAAAAAGUUAAAAGUGCCGUGCGCAGAUGUGAGUGAUGCAGAACUUGAAGAGCUGUUUCAACUGUAUAAGCAAAAGGAGUAUGAAUUGUAUAUUUUUUAUUUGAUAAGAAAUAUGCUGUCGCCGAUAAUUGAAAGCAUUAUUUUAAUGGAUAGGCUGCUAUAUUUAUAUGAGUUGGGUAUCAAAAAUGCAUAUCUUGUCCAAGUUUUUGAUCCUGUUGUUUCUCCAAGAUGUUAUGGUUUAGUAGGGAUCAAAUAAAAAUAUUUAUAUAUAAGAAAUAAAUUUUUAUACUUUU